AUGGGGGAGUGCAAGUGCUGCAAUGACCUGGGGUCAAGCCCCAAGUACCAAUUAUGCUUGACCAUCACGGUUGGCAUCCUCUUUCUCAUCGUGAGCUUGUACGGCAUCGCGCUCGUCGUGUUUGUGAAUGCCGACUUUUCCGAUAUGACCAUCGAGGAGUACGAUGCGACCGCUGGGUUCUACGAGAGCUCGCUGGCCGGCGCCUACUUUGUUGGUCAAAUCGUGGGGGUGCUGUGGCUGGUUACCUGCAUCUCUCGAUGUUGCGCGCCUUGCUGCUGCGAGCUGCCCGAUGUGGAGUGCCCCUGCUCGCCGUGCAAGCUCUUCCAUGUCAUGGAUUUGUGCUUCUUUGUGGGCUUCAUUGUGGCUCUGUGGCCCGUGAACCUUUGGUACCAGUUGAGACAAGUGCCGUGGGAAGAUUGGUUCAUGGAUGUUGUCCUAGUGCUGGGCCUCAUCAUGCUCCUGGCCGCCAUCAUUUUGGGAUGCGUGAAGUACCGGCAGAUGCUCAAGAAGAGUGCUCCAUACACCCCCACGAUCACUCCUCCACCGUACAACCCCGCAGCGGCUCCUCAGGUGGUCGGUUCGGCCGUGGUUGUGCAGGCCAAAGUGGUGGAAAGCAAUGAGGAUGUGUAA